AUUCUAGUACACAAAUGUUGUGUUUGUUUAUAGAAAUCUAGAUUAUAGAUUCUAGUUAUUCAGUUAUUCUAGUGAUUCUAGUGACAUUAUACUUAUAUCUAGAUCUAAAAUCUAGAUCUAGUUAUAUAGUAGUAGACUCUAUACUCUAUAUCUAAGUAAGGUCCAGAUAUCUAGAUCAGUAGAUUUAGUAGUUAGAUCUUAUAAUAAUCUUGUCAUUCUUGAGUCUAGCAGACGAAAUAUUUUGUUUAGUUAGACUUCAGUUAGACGACUUAGUCUUAGUCAUAGUCACAGUAACAAAUCACUUAGACUUAGAUUUCUCAACUUACUCAUUAGAUCUCUACACUUAGAUUGACUUAGAUAGACUAAGAUACUACUAAUUCUAGAUAUAGAUCUAGUCUUAAUUGGCUCUAGACUCUAGAGUACUCUAGACUAGACUGGCCAGUCCUGAAUGAUAUUUUAAUUAGAUCUUUAAAUCUUUUAGAACUUUUACUACUGUCUUUUAAAUCUAGAAAUUGAGUAGAAACCUAUAAAUUAUUAUGAGUAUAAAACUAGUAGAGAUCUAUUAUCAGCUUUUUACAGUAACAGUGUCACUAACAGUAUAUGAGUAUAGAUCUAUAUAGAUCUAAAAUCUAGAUGUAAUAAUAAUGCACAACUGAUUGGGAAAAGAAAAAAAAUUACACCAUCACCAUGACAAUGUUAUAUGGAUCUAAAAUUGAGGAUGUCCUGCAGCAGCUUGAAAAAGAUAUUAUAACACCUAAAUUUGCUGGGAUAAAGCACACAGCAGUUGUAGCAUUAGAAAUACUUGCUGAUGAAGAUAAGUUAAAAAAUAUUGAGGCCUGGGAACUAAGAGAGAUAUGUCUUGAGCCACUACAACUGGCUCUUGAAUCUAGAGCCAGAAAACUUGGACACACAGCAUUAGCUGGUAUUCAGAGUAUGUUUAAAGAUGAGAGAUUUCGUAGCUCCAUGGAAACAAGUGAUGAAGACAAGUGGCUUCCAUCACAGGUUCUGACUGUGUUAGCAGGAGCACAUUCUCUUGCUGAGGAUUUGCAGAUAGAAGUUAUGAAGCUAUUGUUAAACAUGACAGUGACUGCGUCCUGGUGUACUAGUGCUAAAACUAUCAUUAAAAUUGCUCAGACCCUACUGGCUAUUCACACAAACAAGAGCUCUAAGGAAAAGGCACGGGUCUCUUUUUUGGCCAAUCUGGCACUUUUUUCACUAGGUGACAAACCCAUGGAUUCAGAUGUAGAAAGCUGGUUGACUCAGCUCUUUCAUUCAAAUCAUGAUGAUGUAGGGGAGGAUGUUUUGGCAGAUUUCAAAGCUAACAGCAGAAGUGUGUACAGAGAAAAUCUGGUCACUGAGCUUGCAUUGAUACUGACCUUUCUGACUGACAGACUUGAACUUGUGUCUAGCACAAGUCAAGGUAAACAGACAUUGCCUCUAUUGUUAGAAGGUGUGAACAUCAUUUUAAACAAAGUCCCUUUCUCCAUCAAGACUAAUAUUGGAUUACAAGAACUGCUCUGGAAACGGCUUGGCCCUUGUUUGAUCAACUUGCUGAGUGAGCCAAAGGGUGAAAAACCUGUUGUACAAAACCCUGGGAAGAGUGAACUGUUGAAAGCAUCUGCAGUAGCCUCCCCUAAUAUAACUCAAGCUUCAGCUAAAAUAAUUUUCAGUAUAGCUGGUGAACUGGCUAGUAUUGUAGGCAGUACUCAGCUACUGCGACCUGUUCUGGAAGCUUUGUUUCAAAAGAUACUCAUGUUUCCUUUACCUCAGAGUAAAAAUGAUGCUUUGCGUGUCUUUAAAGAGCUCAUGUCUGAUCCACACAAAGUGGUUUCCAUUGUUGGCACCACCACAGCCCCAGCCAAAGACAAUGGUAUAGACACCAACAUAGCUCUCAUCAAAAUGUUGAUAGAGUCUAUACACCAGAACAGCCACUCCACUGAGCCUUCCAUUGUUUACUCCAGCAUCAGCUGUAUAGACAGUCUUCUUGAAUCUUUGGAUAAAAUUAGGCAAGGAGAAGCCAUUCCAGACACUCUACUUAAACAGCAGAAAGGUGCCAGAGGGCGUCUAAGAAGAAGUAUGACCUCUAACCCUGAUGAUGAUGGAGGAAGUGAUGUCACAUGUGAGCAGUACGAUGAUUCAGAAGACACAUCCUCAGCUGUAGAAGAGAUUCCGGAGGUUACAAGUGAACUGAAAUGUACAGAACACCCAGCAGUGGAGCCAAGCUCAGAAAAUCUAAGCCCCAAGUCACCAUCCAGAGCUCAGUUUGAGGCUGAAGAGCAGGCUAAUGCUAGAAAAUUUGUGGCCUAUCUCCAACAUAUGAUGCCAGUGUUGAGAGACGCAAUGAGCAUCAGAGAAAUAGAUGAAACAUUACAAGAUAUUGCUGCACAGUUUUGUUCAAGUGUACUGACCUCUAAUGCUGGCACUGACCCUAAAGGAUGUUCCACAUUAGUAGUCCUAAAUGCUGAUGGUGUCUAUGUGUCUGCUAUAAUAGCCAUCAAACUCAAUUUGAAACUUAUACAAUCUGGAUAUUAUCAGAAUAGAAAACUCUUACCAGUCACAGAGAAUGACUUUACCAAUGAAAUCUUCAGUUCUGGACUUUUACUUUACUUGCCACCAGCCUGGCUGAGAGAGGUGUACUCACAGAUUCUGACUGCCAGCCUGUUAGAUUUAGAUAUAUUGACAUCUUCCAACAGAACUAGCCACUUAAUAAACAUGAUACAAGAUCUUGAAGGUGUGGGAACCACUGAAGAAAGAGGCCGUCUUAUCUCAGAUUUUAGAGAAGAACUUGAAGUGACUGAUGGUGAUAAUGCUAAUAAGAUGAAAAAAGCUGAAGUUGGAAAGAUAAUUGCUGCUGCCGUCUUGUCCAAUUGCUGGGCAGAAGUCCUGGACAUUUUGUCUGUCAUGUUAAAUGAGCAAGUUCCUGUGAGUGGUGGGGGCUCAAUGACUCGCUAUAGCUUGUCUUUACUCUUGGCCAUGGACAGUGCCCAAGAAGAUGUUCGCAAAGCUAGAAGUGCCAUCUGCACCAGUUUAAAUGGGCUCCAAAGAGCAGCCAAACUCUGCUGUGUGUUAGGACUUCAACAACUAUGUGGCAGUGCUUUUUCCCAGCUGGCGAGGACGUCCUGUGUGAAGGAAGACUUUAGAGCUGUGGCAGCAGCUGAAACCAAGAACCAGAGCAAAACCUCAGUCCUGAGCAGUAACAAACCAAAACUUGUCAAGUUGCAUGCAGCUCAUGUUCUUAGCAUGGAUGUUGUCAUGACCACAGGGUUAGAAAUGGGAAGCCACUCUGCAGAUUGUUGGAGACAUGUAUUUAGGUGCUGUGCUCACAUCUCAGAACUAGAACAUACUUACUUCAGUCAAGGCAACAAUCAGUCCAGUUUGCCUAAGCUGACAACAGGUUCUAUUGGACAAGCCAAAGCAGCAGAAGCAGAUGGGAACUGUGAUCCUGAUCUUUAUUCUAGUCAUGUGACAGCAGCUAUACCUGUGGCCCCUAGGAUUAAUGUGCCUGCCCUUAUACAACAGAGUGGUCUAGAGUCAGGCUGGGAUAACUCAUUGGCUGCAGGAGGGGUGUUAACAUUUGCUCAAGCUUCUAAAGCUUUGUGUGGAUUAUCUCAGGAAGUAGAUAGUUUGUUUGAAGGGGCUGCAGACAAACUGUGUCUGGAAGCCUUGCUUCAGUUCCUUACUGAACUUGGAGAGAGCAUGCUAGUUCAGUUACACAGACUAAGUGCAGGGGGAGAGAAGCUGUCAGUAGGUGUUAACAGUCGCCCUCCAACUAAUGCACUACAUCUUUUUCGCCUGCAGCAAGUAUUGGUCAGACUGGUAAAUGGUUCCAGACCUUUGUUGCAUCUUUUGAGGGUCUGGAUAGUGGUUUCACCUUACCUGGUUCAGGCAACAAGUAAUCCAGACCAUGUGAUCUCUAAGAUGGCAGUGACUUCCAUUCAUGAGUUUAUUGUCUCUCUUGUUAGUCAAAGAGAAGAGAAAGCUCACUUUCAUGUGAAUGAGUUCUUGUGCAAGACAUUUGAAGAUAUGCUUUGCCUUGAGCUGUGCGAUGGAGAUGUACAAGACCAGAUCGUCUGUUGCAUAUGUGAACUUGUUGAGGCUUGCAGUCGUCAUCUACAGUCAGGAUGGAGGCCAUUGUUUGGAGCUCUCAGAUGUGUCAAAAUUGAAUACACUACAAGCGAGUCAGUAAAUGAGGCUCGCCAACGCCAUGUAGCUGCUGUGAUGGAUGUAUUUGACAUCUACCUUGGCAUGGAUAACAUCACAGUGUUUUCUAAUGCCAUGGUAGAUUGUGUACUGUGUCUACUCAAGUAUGUUAAUGGCCCUGCAACCUAUGAUGGAGACUCAAGUGAUGACAGAUCUGAGUCUGGCAGUGAGGAGGAAUAUGGCUCAGCAGAGGGAGAGCUUGAAAACCUUUGUGUGCCAGCCUUGAAGUACUUAACUAGAGUCUGCCAGAUUUUAGCAUUUAUGUGGAAGAUGCCAGCUUGUCCAGUGUUUAAAGGAGCUCACAGAAUACAAGCUGAUUCUGCCUCAAGAUUGGUCGAUCCAGAUAUUCCUUCUAUAGAUUUUAAACUUUUUAUGGAAGAGUUCCAGUUGGAUAAAGCAACAGUUUCAGAAGCUGAAGAAAAUCAACUAGUUAAAGAACAAAUAGAUUCUGAUGUCAUCACUGAGACAAAAGAAACUCUGUCAGAAGAUGUGAUUCAAUCAACAGAAGUUGAAGCAAAGUCCCAGAAUGAGACUCAAGAAAGGUCACUUUCAGAAGGAGAGGAUGCAGAUGCUGAUAGACCUUUGGAGAGCAGCCAAGUAGAUAACUUAUCUUUAAUACAAACAUCCACAGAGAAAGAGUGUAGUGUUGAGUCUGACAGCUUAAAGCCUGAUAUUACCAGACCAAAUAAACUUUCCGUAUUAGAUGUUCCAAAUCAGAACUCUAAAGCUAAUUCACCUAAUGAAGAGUGUGAUCAAGCUUCAACUCAAUUGUCUUGCUUUGGGUCACUUGAAGAGAUGGAUAACAAGUCUGGUGUACUACAUGUUUGGUUCCUGCUCCUGGAUGGUCUGGUCUCGUCUGUCAAUCGGUGUCCCAAGGCCGGCCAAGCUCAUGCACUGAACACAUUGAUUGAUUUGCUUAGAGCUGCCUCUAAAGUACCAGGCCCUGAGUUUUCUUUACACUGUGUCAAUCACCUGCUGCUACCUAUGCUGCAGUCCUGGUUGAGACGUGGAGCACGUUGCUAUGGCUACUGGAACACUGCCAUUGUCAGCUUCAAGCAAUGCUGUGGUCAAGUGGCUGAUCUGACUGUUGAGUUUUUAAAGACUUUCUCAGGUGAGAAGCUGGUAGAACAAUCCCUUCAGCUGAUGCUGAAACAAACAUUUGAUGUCUUCAAAGAAUGUGUGGCCCAACCAGUGGAAAAUAUCUCCAGACUUGGUUGUUCCUGUAUUAGACAUAUUAUACUGAGUGCUGGUCAUCACAUGUCUGAGCCACUAUGGCAGAUCAGCUCAGUGGCCCUGAGACAGGCCUUGGGAGUGACCACUUACAAUCUUCAGCUACUAAUGGCCCUCUUCCAGCCCAACUCAGACAACUUCUAUGGAGACAUUGGCCAAGUCAAAGUGGCCACAAGGAAAGAUUGCACUGUUGUUGAUUGUCUCCGUCUUAGGCAGAUGGCCAAACAGGUGUUUCUACUGGACAGUCAGAUUUCCACGAUGCCCAAUGUCCAGUAUGACACUGACCAAGAUAAAUCCUUUGUGUUUCUACUGUAUCCACCUAACCACAAGGAUAGCUUGAACCCAGAUCACAUUUCAACAAGAGUCCCAUUUCGACAUGUUGUGAUUGGGUUAUUGUCCAAUCAAUUGUUACUUCAAACAGUUGGCAGCAUUCUGUUAGAAAGGUCUGCUGGAACUGAAGGUCAAGGACCUCAAGGAUUGCCAGGGCAAUUAAGUUAUAUGUCUACUAGAAAUGUCCAUCAGAUUCUAUCUGGACUACAGGAUGUCUACAAAGUGGCUAGAGACUUUGAUGCCAGGCCAGGACUUAAGUUUCUACUCCAGAAAGUAGCCUGUCUUGAUGUGGCUGCCAAUUUGUACAGACAGGCAGCGUCUGCCAUUCUGUUUCAUGCUCAUGCUCUGAUAGAAAUCUGUGCUCACUUAGAGGAUGUCAGCAUUACAGCAACCAAAGCUGCAAUUACACCUUCCAGCGAAACUCCAGAAACACCUGGCGUACUGCCCUCGUUGUCUGACCUACAUCAUGCUGCCAGCACAUCAUUGGCUAGACCCUGUACUGAUAGCAAGUUGUUUCUACAGAUGCUGCAGAUCAUGUUUGAGGAGCUGUGUCAGAGCUACACAGAUGUGCUUCAGGAUGCUGGGAAAGGAUCCAUCUUGGACAAAAUGUCAGAGAAGCCAAUAUUUUUUCUGACUGCUAAGCAUGACAACAUUUCUCAAAUUGCUGCACAGGCCCAGGUGGCAGCUUUACAAGAGAUCAAGUCUUCAGAGCGCCAGAGUUCGCACAAAUCAAGGUCUUUAGAUAGAGAACCAAUCUCUGAAACUGAAGGACUCAGCUCAGUUGCUGUAACAAGCCAACAGAGUCAAAGUGAGUCAGAAGCUGGGACAGACUCUGAUGGAGAAGAAGGCACUAAACAAAGUUCAGCCACUUCUGUGACAUCCAAGGAGGAGGAGGAAUAUGGAGGUCGCCAGAAGAGCAAAAGAGAGCUGAGAGAGGAACUACAGAGCAAGGUGUAUACUGUCGCCACUGACCAAGUGAUAGAAAAUCUAAUGUCCCAGUACAAGAGACACAAACAUCAAAGAGCUAUGCCCAACUAUGUCAGGCUACCAAAGUUUCAAAAGCCUAAGGUCAAAGUUCAGAGGAAAGAGCCUGUUGAUGAUGUUAUUGACAAACAGCAGAAAUCUUCUAUUUUGAAGGACAGUGAAGCUCAUGUCCAGGCAUGGUCAGAUACACUCACAGCUAUACUUCAAAUGACCUUAAGCCUCCCUGAUCAGGGUUUCUCUAGUCUGCUUCCACUAAUCUUCACCUUUGUCAGUAACCUGAUUCUUCAUGCCCCUGACCCUGCUCUGCGAGAUCAGCUAUCUCAGUGUUUCAUCAGACUCGGCAGAAUGUUUGACUUUGCUCCACAGCCAGCAGUACUAUCAGCCACCAAAUAAACAAAUGGUUAUGAGAUAUUCAUCUCUGGACUAAACUUAAUCUUUAGAAGCCAGUUUUCUACACUUUCUCUCCAUAUAUUAAUGACAGCUAAAUUAACUACAUUAAUUAACUUCCUUCACAAACUAAUGGUUUAUGUAGGUUUAGUUUACCUCCAAAGAUGUCUGCCUAUAUUUUAUGAAUCAGAUGUCAGGCUUGGGUUGCGAGCACUCUCUGGCAUUUAACCGAACCCAAAGAAAAAAUAUAUAUAGAAAAACACCUAGAAAUAAACAUAUUGUCAGCCUGCAGUUUUAAGGUUUAGAGACAGUGUUUCAGUUAACUGCUGGUUGGUCUUUCUCUGUAUGGGUCAGUAGGUAAUUGAAGAAAUGGUUGUGAACUAUUCAAGAUCUUUCUUAAAUGAAGAAUUUAUAAAUACAUUGACUAUUUGUGAUCUUUUGUCUUGUCUGCAAGUGAAUCAUUGUGAGCCCUUUCCUCCUGUGAUCUUCUUUGAUUUUAUUUUCAAUUGAAACUAAUUGGUUCUUGUUGUUUUCUUUAGUAAAAACAUUCAGUUCAUGUUGUUUUUUUAAGUAAAAACAUUGAGUUCAUAUUGGCCAAAAAAAUUUCAUUGUAUAUAAAAUGUUUUAAAAUUGUGAUUUUGUAUUUGAAUGUUGGUGGUUAGGUUAGUAGACUCUAUUACAGUUGACACAUUGGGUACAAACUUCAGAAGUCUGUUCCUGUCUACUCUUGGGUUAUAGUAUCGGUAUACUAAAUUGAGGGCUAGAGGAUGUAUCUUAGGGAAUAACUUGAUUGUGUAUUGCAGUGGAGUUGGAUUGUAUAUAAACAUGCUUUCUAGACCAUUGUGAACAAAGUAACAUGAUUAUGAACAGCCAAAGUUACAACCUUCAAGACUAGACUCUAUUUGAAUACACACUGUUAUGUUUAUAUCCACCAAAUGUAUGCAAUACUACUUAGUUCAUUGAUUGUAUUUUCUGUUGAAAUGGUUUCAUUAUUUUGAACUAGUUGAAAUGCUGUAUUUUUUUGUUCCACUCAUUAUUACUUUAUACAAUAGAGACGUCCAAGUUUUACCAAGAAUUGCUAGCACUCAUUUUUAAGCAUGCCAUCAUUUAAGCAAAAAACAAAAUGGCCCAUUAGUCAAAAUGAACAAAUAUUUGUAUGAAUUGUUACAACAAAUCAAUAUGACGUUAAUGAACAAAUAUAAACAACCCAUCUGUGCAAUAAUUCUCUUGUGCAAUAUUUGUGGAUAGGAACUUGAUGCAUGCAUAAUUCACAUAAUUCUGUUGAAGUAUUUAUUUGUGCAUGUAACUAUUGACUGUGAUUAUUUUGAUGUGUGUUCUCAUUAAAAUGUUUUGAUCUUGAAUGUUCAUUGGCAGGAAAUAGUAUUCUGUGUGAUAAUCAUUUAUAAAUAAUAUUAAAUAUUACUGACCAGAUUUUAAAAUUUUCUUUCAGUGUUGAAAUGGUCUUUCUAAAUAUAAGGUAUUAGGAUCCUAAGUCAUGGUCAGUAACAUGUAUAUAGUGAUAGAGACAUCAAUAGUAAAACUAAAAAGAGUUUAUGGCCAUUUCAUUCCUGAGUUUGUCCUGCAAAAUGGGCAAUUUGAAAUAUUAGCUUCUUGCCUGAAAGAAAUCAAUGCUAAAGGCUCAACAUUGACAAAAUCAUCAAAUUACAGCUAGCAAAUCUUACAAUUGUAUUCAUAAUUGUUUUGAAUGUUUGUAUUUGUUCAUUAUGACCUCAGAACAGUGAAACUAAAUUGUUUUAGAUAGAACAAUUUCCUCAUUUUCUAUUCCUGAUUCUACUUACACAACUUGAUUGUCAACUCAGUCUUGUGUCGUUGUUUCAAUAAAGUUAUUCUAUUCUCAA